AUAAGUCUUGCUAUCUGCAUCUGUUUAACCUCCUCGUUUUCUCUACGCUUCGUCAUCAUGGCUCUGGUAGCCUUCACCUUCGGCUCUCUGGGAGACAUCAUCGCUGUCAUUGACCUCCUCAACGAAGUUCGCAAAGCUCUCUCUGAUAGCACAGGUUCAUCGGCCGAAUAUCAAGCUCUCCUCAUCUCUCUCGACAUAUUCCAUGAUACCCUCGAGGCCGUCCGAGAUACUUUCUCAACCGCAUCGCCUUCAUUGCGAAAUCACACCCCACUCCUUCCCUCACUCCAGAACGCGCAUCGACAAGCGCUGAGCGUGAGUCGUGCGCUGCUCAAAGAUAUACAUGCACGUAUUGCGAAGUAUCAAGCGAGUCUGAGGAAAGGUGGCUCGGGUAGUAUGAUGCGAGAUUCGUGGCGGAAGAUCGGGUGGGCAUUGUUUCAAAAGCCUGAGUUAGAGGAGAUGAAGAUGAAGAUGAUGGCUCAAGUAGAAACUCUCAAUAUUCUGCUGUCUCUUGCGCUCAGGCAUGACGUUCGACAACAGCACGCUGCGGUCUUGGAAAUGGACCGUUCUGUCCAACAGCUGCCAAUCCUCAUUCAGGAGACCAUCGCCGAGCAGCGCACAGUCCUAUUCGAGAUCAAACACUGUGUGAACGAGCUCCCGAACACUCUCGGUUGCACCUGGGAAGGCGGCAUGGCACAUAGUCAGAGACCUGUGGUCCUCAGAGACGCUCUCGGCCAGACGCUGAACCUUCCUCUAGAAUUUUGCGAAUCCUACGACCUCCUCGAUGGCAUCCUCAAAGUGUACUACCGGAAGAGAGCCGGCGGUCGUUUCGUAGAGCGCGGGGACUACGAGCUCACGAUACCCGGUGAUGAAAUGACCGACGGCCCCGAAUCUGCAUCCACCUCCCUCGUCCAAUGCCAAAAGGAACGCCAACACGAACGCGCCUAUGUCAGCCAUAGGGACGAUAGGGAAUGGAGGGAUCUAGUCAAAGCUGGGAUCUCAAUCGACAUGAACGUCAUCGUCCGUGAAAAGGUCGAUGUCGCGGGACUGGAGGAUAUGCAUAGCUGGGAACGAGCACGCCAGAGGUGUCCUAAUUGCUCGUUUGACAACUCGAAGCCUCCUAAUGGUUCAGGUCCUCGACGGAGUCCACGUUCUCGCUGGACGGACGGGGCACAGGGGAUUAAAUGCGAGUUCUGCCAAGUCUGGUUUCACAUCAACAGUCUCCUACCUUCCAACGAUCCAGAGCUCGAAGCGUCCAUUUCAGCAACGGGACAGAACACGGAAGGUGAAACAGAGGAGCUCGUCUCGUCCCAAACUCAGAAACAACGGGGGGUUCGUCCACUUCGGACGACUUCGCUGGACGAAGUGCGCUUUCUACGUCGCCUGCGGGUAGUGAAGUCGUUGCCUAGACCUUCAGCGACUCCAAAUAGAAGAAGGUUUCCGAAUCCUACGUUUGCUGGGAUUUAUUACAUGAGGGCUGUAGGCGAAGGUUUCUAG